AUGGAUAAUGAAGAAUUUCGUCGUCGUGGUAAAGAAAUGAUCCAUUAUAUCGCUGACUAUCUUGUUAAUAUUAGUGAACGUCGUGUAACACCAGAAGUAGAGCCAGGUUAUUUACGAUCAAUGUUACCAAGAAAUGCACCUGAAAAAAGUGAAUCAUGGGAUGAUAUUAUGAAAGAUGUUGAACGAACAAUAAUGCCAGGUAUAACGCAUUGGCAACAUCCACGUUUUCAUGCUUAUUUUCUAGCUGGAAAUAGUUAUCCAUCAAUUCUUGCUGAAUUACUUUCAUCAGGUCUUGGAAUUGUUGGUUUUUCAUGGGCAGCAUGUCCAGCAUGUACUGAACUUGAACCAAUCAUGCUUGAUUGGCUUGGUCGUAUGAUGACUUUACCAACAGCAUUUCUUCCGUUUAAUUCGAAUAAUAAUAAUGAAACUAAAACUGAAACAUUGAAUACCGAAACCAAAUGUGAAUCGGAAGGUGGUGGUGUUCUCCUUGGUUCAGCAAGUGAAUGUAUAUUAGUAGCAAUGUUAGCAGCAAAGGCUAAAAAAAUGAAAAGUAAUCGAUUAGAAAAUCCUUUAAUCGAAGAUGGACAAAUAUUAUCUAGACUUGUAUGUUAUUCAUCAAAACUUGCUCAUUCAUCUGUAGAAAAAGCUGGUUUAAUUACAAUGGUAAGUGUUCGUCAAUUAGAUGUUGAUGAACAUUAUUCAUUACGUGGAGAAACACUUGAUGAAUGUAUACAAGUUGAUAAACAAAAAGGUUUAAUUCCAUUUUUUGUAUGUGGUACAUUAGGCACAACAUCAUGUUGUUCAGUUGAUAAUUUUGAAGAAAUUGGACAAAUUUGUCAACGUGAAAAACUUUGGUUUCAUGUUGAUGGAGCUUAUGCUGGUGCUGCACUUAUUUGUGAAGAAUUUCAUUAUUUAAUAAAUGGAUUUCAAUAUGUCGAUUCAUUUAAUACAAAUCCAAAUAAAUGGCUCCUAAUGAAUUUUGAUUGUUCAUGUUUUUGGGUUCGUGAUAAAUUUGCAGUAGUUAAUGCUAUGUCAGUCGAUCCACUUUAUCUUCAACAUAAACAUGUUGAAAAAGCAACAGAUUUACGUCAUUGGGGUAUUGCAUUAAGUCGAGGAUUUCGAUCACUUAAAUUAUGGUUUACUAUUCGAAGUUAUGGUAACGAAGGUCUUCGUCAUUAUAUACGAGAGCAUUGUCGUUUGGCAAAAAUAUUUGCUGAAUUAUUAAAAAUAGAUAAUCGAUUUGAAAUAAUUGGAAAUGUUCUAUUUGGACUUGUUUGUUUUCAUUUGAAAGGAGAAAAUAAAUUGACUGAAAAAUUAUUAUCAAGUUUAAAUGAUUCAGGUCAAAUCCAUGUUAUACCAUCAAUGCUCAAUGAUAUACUUAUAAUUCGUUUUGUUGUAUGUGCUAAAGAUGCUUCAGAAAAUGAUAUGCACGUUGCAUUUCAAAUAAUUCAAACAUGUGCAGAUAGAAUUAUAAUUGAAUACAACAAGGAUUUAUCAUCAACAAUAAUAUAA